UUUGGUUCAAUUAACGCCGAUCAGCCCUAUGCAAUAAGGCCGAGCGGGGUAGCAAGUCACUGGGCUGGGAAACACGACUAGCUGUGCUCAUAAAAGAGAUCAUGGACCAUAACAUCAAACAGCUCUUCUUUCAUUCUGGACCAAAAUCGUCAUAAAUUGUGUACCUCAAAGACUGCUCUUGCUCGAAGUCAGUGUUGAUGCACUCGACAGCAUACAGAAUGCAACCCAUCAAGAUCUGGACAACUGCUCCUGGCCCAAAUGGCUGGAAGCCCAUUAUAUAUCUCGAGGAGCUGAAUGUACCAUACGAGAUUGUCGAUGUGCCGUUUACCGACCUUAUCAGCGACGAGUUUCGCAAGGUCAACCCGGGCGGGAAAGUUCCAGUGAUGGAAGACCCCAAUACGGGCAUCAAGAUAUGGGAGUCAGGCGCCAUUAUUUUGUACAUCAUUGAGCAAUUUGAUAAGGACAACAAGCUCUCUUUCCCGACAUCGCAGCUCAAGGAGUUCCACCUGGCACGACAAUGGUUGAUGUUCCAGGUCUCCCAGCAAGGCCCAUUCUACGGACAGCUUGGCUGGUUCAACUGGAUGCAUCCCGAGAAGCUGCCCUCCGCGAGCGAGCGCUACAAGAACCAGACGCUGCGCAUCAUGAAGCUGCUCGACAACGCACUGGCUGAGAGCAGUGGAGAAGGCGAAAAGUGGCUGGUGGGCAACAAGUGCAGCUACGCAGACCUUGCGUUUGUGAUGUACCACGUGGUCGUAGACAUCCAGGCGGACGUUGGCGAGGGCGAGGACUCCCUCCUGAAGCAAUUCACCCACCUGUAUGCCUGGAACCAGCGGCUGCUCAAGCGCCCGUCGGUUGCGAAGGUAUGCCAGAUGCGCCUGGACGCGAUCGCCGCGGAAGGGUUCAAGAUAGACAAAGAGGUUGUGAGGGAGCAUGCAGAGGAGUUAAUGGCCAAGGAGAAAGAGAGGGGAGUUUGAGCCAAGGCACCACUGCUGCAGGAGCUCGUCAUUGCCAUCAUGACAUAGCUUCAUCGAAUUUAAGACAGGCAAAAGUGGUACGGUCUCACUAGCUACCUCCUACUUUUGGGAGUGCCCUGAGCAAUAAGGAAAUGUUACCAUC